UGUCAAUCAGCCACGUCAUUUUUGCUUGAAUGGUAGAGUGUACGCGGCGUAACUGAGAUAAGCAUUUCUGUGAAAAAUGAAUAUUUUCCGUUUACUUGGUGAUUUAUCCCAUCUCUUAGCUAUUAUAAUAUUACUACUCAAAAUAUGGAAAACCAGAUCAUGUGCGGGCAUAUCUGGAAAGUCUCAGAUACUUUUCUCCGUUGUGUACACGGCGCGUUACUUGGAUCUGCUAACCAAUUACAUCUCGGCGUACAAUACGUUCAUGAAGAUGGUAUUCAUAAUGGCCUCAUACGCCACUGUUUACCUGAUGUAUGUCAAGUUCAAAGCGACGUAUGACCACAACCACGACACAUUCAGGAUUGAGUUCUUGUUGAUACCCACAUUGGUUAUGGCGCUGUUGAUAAACCAUGAAUUCACAGUUAUGGAGGUACUAUGGACAUUCUCAAUUUAUUUGGAAUCUGUGGCUAUCUUACCGCAAUUGUUCCUGGUGUCAAAAACUGGAGAGGCUGAAAGUAUUACAUCCCACUAUCUGUUUGCUCUUGGAUCUUACAGAGCUCUGUAUCUCUUGAACUGGGUAUACCGCUACGUUGUAGAAGACCACUAUGAGCUGAUUGCUAUCAUAUCCGGUGUUGUACAAACUGUACUAUACUGUGAUUUCUUCUAUCUCUACAUAACAAAAGUAUUGAAAGGAAAGAAGUUGCAGUUGCCUGCUUAAGCGACAAUUGGCAAGAGGAUUGCUUUAAAUCAAUCUGACAGUUACGUCUGUGAAUAUAUUUGUGUGAGCCAAUAAAUUACCUAAGAUCUAGUUGUACAAACAUUACCGGUAUUGUACUGUUGUGAAAAUGUUGAUUAACUAAUGGCAAUUAUGUGUGAUUGUGUAUCUUCAUUAACUUGUACAGCCACAAGCAAUAAUAAAUGGUCUUUUGCAUUUAUAACCAGUUCUAAUCUUGUAUACUAAGUGCUAUCACCAUCACAAUACAAUUAUUGGCUACUGUACAUAAAUAUUAUGUACAUAUAAAUAACAUUUUAAUGAUAUUUUUUUUAUUAUAUUUUCUAACUCAAAUUGAUUUUAAUUCAUCUAAAGAAUAAAGUAAAACCUACAUUAUUAUAGAUUUUUAAAUCUAGCUAUGAAUAUUGUUUGGCAUCCAUUUAACUAUCAUUAGUUUAUCAUAUCUCCUUGCAGGUAUGGUUAAACAUUAGGAUAAAAUAUAAUUAUUCAUUGUUGUAAGUGAUAAAUCUUGAAAUUACGUAUCUAAGAAUUAUUAUUUUGAAAAUGAACUUACACAAUUAAGAGAUUACAUGACUAGAGGCUUUAAUUUCUCAUUUUUGAUUUCAAAGAUUGCUUUAAAACAGGUUUCUCAUAAAUUAAGUUAAAAACGUGAAAUGGCUGUAACAAAAGCCUUAGGCAGUAUGGUUUGGAAAUCGAUAUAUCUAGUUUGUAAUAACGUUAGUGCAAUAGUCAUUCAUCUACUAUUAUCUUGGCAUAAUUAACCAAUUUUUAUUGUUCGUGACUGUACUUAAUAUUAAAUGGUUAACCUAUAUAGUUAUUGACAAUAUUUUCAGUGCAAUUUAAUUUUUAAUAGCCACCUAUUGUGACGCAAAUAGUUAAAUAACUUUUUAACAAUGUAUUGCCGAGGAUAUGAUUUUGUAUCUUACCUUUAGAUUAUAUGAACUUUGUUUCUAUUGUAUUUUGUCAUUUCUUCCCAUUAGGUAAGGUAUUCGACAUUAUGAAUUUUAGACAAUGCUUAAUCAAUAAGGGACUACUUUGUUUGGUACUUGCAUGUGGUAAGUUUUGUACAUUGAAUGAUGUAUUUGUUUCCAUAAUUACUAUCUCAAAUUCUGAUAUGAGUUAACUUAGACCAAAAUUAGUAUUAUGUGGACUUGUGUGCAAAUUGCCGUGUCGGCGUGAUCUGUGCAUGGCAUUUCAAUGUAUGGGAUGUCAAUUAUUCCAUGUAUUAAACACUCCUUCCAUACAUUGUCACACAACUUAUUAAAUAAAUAUGUAUUUAAGUGUACAAUAUUGUUUAUUUUUCUUUUUAUUUUUACACAUGGAUGCAAUGGUAGACAGUAGCGAUGCUGUUUUGUCAUUGCUCGCGCAAUUUUUCUUCACUACUGAGCAUAUUUUCCUCAAAUCAUGAAUGCACAGGGUGGUUCUGAAUUUUGUUUACUGUUCUUAUUUAUGAAGAAUAUUUGUCUUAUUUAUUUCGUUUCAGUACUGUGUUAGUAGUUACAUACAUAUUUCCACACGCAUGCUACUUGUGUUUGGGGCUUGGGGAGGGGCUUAUACUUGUUUUGUAUUAAAAUAUUGUGUUCAGUCAUUAUUCAAGCAAAAUUCAAACCAGAAUUGCCGAAGUUCUCCAUAAAUGUAGAUCAAACAUUGCGUUUUAUACAGUUUAGUCGUAAGAUCCUAAUGUAAUGUCUUGCUAUAAGAAUUUCUGAAUAAAUUAAAUUUGGAAGUGA